UUAAAAAGAGAAUGGUCGUCAAUGCUAAUCUCGAAUUACUUCUCUUAUGCUAACACAGUCUGUACCUACUUUAUCAACAUUUGUAAAUGAACGAAAGAGUAGAUUACCAAAUUUUACAAACUUCUAGUCGCCAAUCGCAACAAACCAAGGCUAUUGAAUACAGUAGUAUACAAUGUACACAAGACAUUUGUCUUUCGGUUAUAAAUGCAGAUAGAGCAAAUAGAUUGAUACCGUCCAUAUCAAUAGAUAUUCUAGUCGGUACCGCGAUUGGUUCGCUUAUAGCUCUAUUAAGUCUCAUAGUUUAUUGCGUAAGAAGGAGGAAGAGAAAAUUAAGAGAAGACAAUAAUGAUGAAGAGAAUAGACCAUUGUUAGGCGACCCGAGUAAGAAGAUGCACUUCGUAAGAAGAACAUCCACCUAUUAUCAAUGGAACAGAUCGCCGCCGCCGCCUCCUACAACUAAUACAACAACUUCAUUCUAUGAGUCCGAUAAAUUACAGCAACAAGAGCAACGACAGCAACAGCAACAUAUUUUGGGAGGACAGUAUUCAGGACAUUUCUGUACAGAAGGGUCCUUACUGGAUCAGGAACAAUCAAGUAUACCAAUUAGUCAAUCGCCUACUGAUGAUGAAGAUGACCUACGGCGGAAAAAGGACUGGGAAGAGAGACGUAAGGCAUUAUUAAAAAAAUAUGCUAGAAAUGAUCAAGAUGAGGCUAUCUCAGUCAAUAGUAAAGGUAGUAAUGAAAACAGUAAUGAGUCGUGAUUGUCGUAUUGUUGCGUUCGGGCAUAGUUGAUAUUCUUUGUAAUGAACGUAAGCAAUUAGACUUGUGUCAGUAAUUGUCACGGAAAAUGGAAAAGGGUGUCACUGUAUAUGCAUAAUUAAAUAGUUUGAGUUCCCUUGAGGAUAACUGUACCAACAUAUACGUAGACAACUAUGUUAAACAUAGUCAUUUACAACUAUAAAUC